AUGGGGUGCCAGGGGUCAAAGGAAGGGGAGUUUGAGAACAAGGCGAGUUCUUGGUCAUCAAAGCGUCAUGAAGUUUUUGGAACUGUCACAGACAGUGAUGGUCAGGUGCUACACAAUCUGUUUGGAAAAUGGACUGAAGCCCUUUAUUGUGGCCAUGCCCCUUCUGCACGUGUGGUUUGGAGACCGGGAAGCAUGCCUGAAGAUUAUCACUUGUAUUAUGGUUUUACACGUUUUGCAAUAGAGCUCAAUGAAUUAGAUGAAGAUCAGGCAAAGUACUUACCUCCAACUGACACUAGAUUCAGGCCAGACCAGAGGUUGGUAGAGGAGGGAAACAUGAAUGCUGGGGGAAACCAUGAAGACCCAACUGGAGCAGCAACAAAGGGAAAGGCGCAAACAGCGAGAAGAAGCAGGGGUUGAACAUGUGCCUAUGUG